CCAGUUUGGUAGGCAAACUGCUAGUCUCGGCUCUCGAGUAGCCAUUGAGGGCGCAAACGAAUCAACCAAAUACUACGGAAUACCCAGGCAAGGUUUGUUAAGACGACCAAGAGUAGAGUUUCGUUUCAGACAAGUGAGGAGUGAGGACCUUGGUCCGCUAAUCACUCUCCCGCAAAAAGGUUAAUUCCCAUUCACAUCCAACUUAUACCAAGUUUCAAACCUCCCACUGCGCUCUCCCUCCGUUCUCCCGUGAUUCUAGGCGUCUUCUAAUUCACGUUUCUCUGGGCAGAAUCAGUGAGACCAUCGUUGUAGAUGACGUUCUAUGGAUUAGGGUUUUUUUCUUCGUAAGCAAUGGUAGGAAUAAUGGCGACAGUUUCCAGAGACAAAAUCUCGAGUCUCAUAAACUCGGUGAAGUUUGACGCUGAUAUUCCUUCGAAGCUGGAACACUUACGCUCGCUGAGCGACGAACUCUCGAAUGCCGAUUCUGUCUUGCUCUCCAAGUUUCUCUCCCCUCUUCUGGACCUCCUCUCGGACCGCUUCAGUCCCGUUCGUAAAUUCACUGCUGAGAUGAUUGGCGACAUUGGAUUGAAGUUUGCAGAAUCCAUACCUGAAAUGGUACCUGUAUUAAUACCUGUGUUGAAGGAUGAUACCCCAGCGGUUGCUCGACAGGCUAUUAGGUGUGGUAUGGAGAUUUUUCGCUAUGUUCUAUUCAAAGUUGCGCUCCAGGGAAUGUAUUCAAACGAGUUGGAUACUUCUCUGGAAUCAUCUUGGUCAUGGAUGCUAAAGUUUCGCGAUGAGAUAUGCUCGUUGGCAUUUAAGCCAGGAAGUGAUGGGAGAAGGUUGCUUGCACUGAAGUUUAUGGAAACAGUUGUUCUACUCUAUACACCUGAUCCUAAUGGCUCCUCAGAUCCACCUGCUGAUCUAGAUUCAGAAGCCAGUGUUAAAGAAUUUAACAUAACAUGGCUUCGAGGGGGUCAUCCUAUACUAAAUAUUGGAGAUUUGUCAAUUGAAGCAAGUCAGAGUUUGGGUCUGCUGCUCGAUCAGUUGAGAUUUCCAACAGUAAAGUCACUGAACAACUUGAUUAUCAUUAUGCUUAUCAACAGUCUCUCUGCAAUUGCAAGUAAAAGGCCUGCAUUUUAUGGACGUAUUCUGCCAGUUUUACUUGGUUUGGACCCUUCAAGCUCCAGUGGCAAAGGGGUGCAUCAUGCUUUGAAGAGUGCCUUCCUCUCUUGCUUGAAUUGUACUCAUCCGGGUGCUGUCCCGUGGCGUGAUCGCUUAAUUGAUGCUCUGAGAGAAUUAAAAGCUGUAGGAGUGGCAGAACAUGCUGCUAUAGAACUAGCUUCACAAAAUAGUGGAAGUUUAGAGAGGAAAAAUGAUUCUUUAAUAACCCAGGAUCGAAAACCUACAAGCAAGGCCCUUGAUGAUAUAUGCAAUGACGCCAGCAGGAAAAGAACAGGAAUGGAAGAAAGUACUGAUCUACUUGAGGAUAAAAUGUCUGUAAAACGCAUGAAAUCUGUGCCUGUCACCUCUGAUGGAUCAACAAAUGAUUUAAGUUCUGACCAGGGCAGAGUUCCUUCUGGUGGAUCUGGGGCUUGUAAAAUGGAAGAAGACAGUGGCCCUGUCCAACAACUUGUUGGUAUGUUUGGUGCAUUGGUUGCUCAAGGAGAAAAAGCUAUUGCAUCAUUAGAGAUUCUCAUCUCUAGUAUAUCAGCUGACUUGCUUGCUGAAGUUGUAAUUGCUAACAUGCGAAAUUUUCCUUCAAAUCGCCCUCAAAUUGAAGGAGAUAAUGAGCAGUUGUUUGGCAGAGGGUCUUGUCCUGGCAUGUCAGGAAGCAAUUCUGAGUUUGAUAAUUUAACAUUGCUUCUCACCAACAUUCUUUCACAAUCUAGUGCUGUCCCACAGAAAGAUAGUGGGAUGGAUUCUCUACCUUCUGCAGCAAAUGAGCUUGAGCUAAGAGGGACCUCGGGUAAUACUGAUGUCCCUGGUAUGAGCUAUGUGAUGGAAGAGGCUUCAGUGCCUACAACUACUCCAGCUUCUUCAGGUGGACAUGUCCCAUGUGACACAGAGAAUGGUGGUUCAGGGACGCCCUCUGAUGUUAUUGAUGUUGGGAAUGAAGAGAGUGAGAUACCUGGUCUAGAUUUACCAGUUCCCAAGGAUGAAUUAGUUAUUACUUCUUUGGGUUCAACUGAAUUGAAGGAUGCAAGUCAAGAACAAGUUAGUAGUCUAGCUAGGUCAUCACUAGAAUUACUUCCUUCAGUGUCAACUGAUAGGUCUGAGGAACUUAGCCCUAGAGCUACAGUCACAGACCUAAGCUGUGUCAACUCCUUAAGUGCAACUUCUUCUGGGUUAUCGACACAGUUGCUUUUGCCCAAGAUUUCUGCCCCGGUUAUAAGUCUUAGUGAUGACCAGCUAGAUAACUUACAGAAGCCGAUUCUCUUGCGCAUAACUGAUACUUACAAGCAAAUAGCUACCGCUGGAGGUUCUCAAGUCUGCCUUUCUGUACUUGCUUAUUUAGGAGUUAAGUUUCCAUUGGAUUUAGAGCCAUGGAAGUUACUACAAACACAUAUACUGUCUGACUAUGUAAAUCAUGAGGGGCACGAGUUGACUUUGCGUGUCCUCUACAGGUUAUAUGGUGAAGCAGAAGAGGACCACGACUUUGUUUCCUCAACCACUGCUAAAUCUGUAUAUGAGAUGUUUCUUCUUACCGUGGCAGAAACAUUAAGGGAUUCUUUUCCAUGGCCUGACAAAUGUCUAAAUAGAUUGCUUGUUGAAGUUCCUUACCUGCCCGAUUCCAUUUUGAAAUUGCUUGAGGGCAUGUGUUCCCCUGGUGGCAGUAACAAAGAUAACAACAAUCCGGAACGAGUUCGGCAAGGUCUUAGUAUUGUAUGGAGUCUGAUUUUGUUGAGGCCUCCUAUUCGAGAUGCCUGCCUAACAAUUGCUUUGAAGAGUGCAAUUCAUCCGGUUGAAGAAGUGCGAGAUAAGGCCUUACGUCUGGUGGUGAACAAGCUUUAUCCUCAGCCUUCAAUGUCACGGCAAAUAGAAGCUUUUGCCUGGGAGGUGUUGGUAUCAGCUGCAAAUGCCAAUACUGCACUGGAGUCAUGUGAUGCUGAUGGAGCUAAUGCUGAAUUUAAGGAUUCUGAUAUGGGAAAACCAUCAAAUGAACUUCCUGUUGUUGGUACCUCUUCCAAAGGGUUAUCAGCAGUCACCGAUUCAUUUUCAAUAUCUGAAAGUAUAUCGUCCUCCUUACUAGCUGAGGGGCAGCGACGCAUGGCUCUGUAUUUUGCAAUUUGUACAAAGAAUCACUCCCUCUUUCGCCAAAUAUUUGUUAUUUAUGAGAGUACAUCCAAGGCUGUAAAGCAGGCAGUAUUACACCACAUCCCAAAGCUUGUUCGAGCAAUUGGCCCGUCGCCUGAGCUUCUUCAAAUCUUACCUGAUCCACCAACUGGAAGCAUGGAGCUUGUGAUGCAGGUUUUACACACAUUGAUAGAUGGGACAACGCCUUCCUCGGAAUUGUUAUCUACCAUUAAGAAGUUGUAUGAUACUAAAGUAAAGGAUGUAGAGAUUCUAAUUCUCAUACUGCCAUUUUUGCCAAAAGAUGAGGUUUUGGCAAUGUUUCCACAUCUCGUGAAUUCCCCAUUGGAGAAGUUUCAGCUUGCCCUUGCACGUGUGCUUCAGCAACAAUUUGAACAGGGGUCUUCUAGUUUCUGUCCGGCAAUAACUCCAGCUGAAGCUUUGAUUGCAAUCCAUGGAAUUGAUCCAGAAAGAGAUGGGAUCCCUUUGAAGAAGGUUACGGAAGCGUGUAAUACUUGUUUUGAGCAGCGACAGAUCUUCACUCAGCAAGUUCUUGCAAAGGUCUUGAAUCAAUUGGUUGAGCAGACUCCCCUUCCCCUAUUAUUUAUGCGCACAGUGCUGCAGGCAAUUGGUGCUUUUCCAUCACUGGUGGACUAUAUAAUGGAAAUCCUUUCUCGCCUUGUACAGAAGCAGAUAUGGAAGUAUCCAAAGCUAUGGGUCGGAUUCAUUAAGUGUGCUUUUUUGACAAAACCAGAAUCUUUUGGUGUCUUGCUUCAGCUUCCACCAGCACACCUGGAAAAUGUAUUACAUAGAACGCCAGCUCUAAGGGAUCCCUUGAUUGCACAUGCUAGCCAACCACAUAUUAAAUCAUCACUCCCAAGGUCUGUACUAGUGGUGCUAGGAUUAGCUUCCGACUUUCAUAAUUCAGAUUUGACAAAACCAACCCAUUCUGAGACAGGAGAGUUGGGCAAGUCGGAACAUACACACUCAAGUCAUGCUCAAAGUGAAGAGACUAGCAAGUCUGAUAAGGAGGUGGUGACUGACAAGUCAAAGGAAUCAUCUGAUGCAACUUGAUCUGAGGAAGAUGGCAAGAUGUGCCUCUUGCAUGGUGCGUGUAUUCAGUUAAUUGCAGCAUGCAGGAAUCGUGUAAGGCAGGCCAGUUAUCCCAAAUCUCUGCUUUCUUGUGCUCUGAAAAGUUGUCUGCAUUCAUUUGGUGAUAAGCUCAAGAUCUGCAGCUAUCUGUUGGCUCAAUCUGUUGAUUGGAUCUUGAAUUUUAUCUGGAACAUCUCUAAUAGGGGUGAAGAAGAAACAUGUGGCUAGGGAAAUGCAAAUCUUUAUAAUGGUUGGUAGAAUUUCUUUUGGUUGACUUGCAUGGUUUAAAUCUAAUGUCGCUAGAUAUGUGGACUACUGCUACUUGAAUUCCCAGAGUUUUAGAUGCUGUGGGAUGUAGUCCAAGCGGUCAAUCUUACAGCACAUCAGCCUUGUUUCUUGAAAUUAUCUCUAUGCUGCUUCCCCCUAAAUGCUCUGAAUGUUUUAUGAUUGCUGUUCCAGUGCUCGAGGAAAUUAAAAAAAGAGCUGCAUCAUUUUCUGUUCUUUAUGAAAAUUGAUGGCUGCUCACAUGUAUUUGGGAAAUUAACUUCUGCCAGAUAAUGAUUAUUAGUUAUCUCGGAUUUGGGACAAAGUUCUACAACUUCUGCUUGCAGUUUUGCCGGAGCAGUGUAGGGUUGCAUAUCAAGAGCGAAUUCUCUCGCUCAUCAGUCCAGCCAAGUGUUAGAAACGCUGUUGUGGUCAUUCGGCAAUCAGCUUUGUUUUCUUCACGUGAUGUUACAAAUCCAGCUGCAUUCUGUAGGCUUGUUUUUGGAUAGAUAGGCCCUGUUUAAUGGGAAUCACUUGGGCAAACUGGGUUUAAGCAUAUGGCACACGUAUGAUGCUUUUAUGCGCGUGUAUUUUUUGUGGGCUGUGUAUUGUGUUAGAAGUGAAACUUUAGCCACCUAAAAUUUUCCUUUGGUUGGCAAGAUCACUUGACCUUGCUAACAGAUUACAUCUUACGAAGAAAUAAAUGAUGACAUGCCUCUUCAAUUGAGAUGUUUUCA